UCAAAGUUUCUGCCUCUUCUACUGUCGCUCUCGAGGCUACGGGAUGGAAGGGGAGGGGCUGCCGGCCGGGACCCUGUGGACUGGUGCUCCAAGUGCAAAGCCGCGGAGCCAUCAGUGCUCCUGCGACGGGGCGUGUGGGGGUCUUUCAUGCAGCUGGUUUGACUGGGCACUGGUGAGGCUAUGCCUCAAGUGCUGUCUUAGGUUUUGGGCCUCACUACAAGAAAGACAGUGAGGCCCCGGAGUGUGUCCAUUGUAUCACUUCUCAUGGAAACAUGCAGGCUUUUCAUGUAGUGCAUAUGCCCAUUAGCUUCCAGCACAUGCAGGUUUUUUUACUGUUCUUGUACUAUGUGAAAUAGUUGAUGUUCUUUUAAAGUUGUGAUUACAAUUAGAAACAGCUCUGAAAUUAAGAGUGAGCAGAAGUAAACUCUCCUUUAUUUGCCGUAUUCAAAGACAAUGUGUCACGCAUGAAUUAAGCUUGGUAAAAUCAAUUUCUUUUUCAGUCUCUCCCGCAGACAGCAAGUUUUUGAGUUUAGACUGUCUUGAGUGAGCCAGGAUUACCAUCAUUAAAGAAAACACAUUGUGAUCUCCAGUUCUCCGUUUGCUGUAAUGACCCUACUGUGGGGUGAUUAUCACUGUAAAAUAGCUUUUCCCACAAUACAAAUUUGACCUGAAGGUACAGUGGCUCAUACUUCUAAGGGAAAGGGAGCUGCUUCUGUAGGAGUAGCUUUUAAUGCUGCUGACAGAAGACUGUGCCAGCAAAUAUGGGAAAGUCUCUCCAAGACUCCACUUGCCCUGGGCUGGCACUGAGGUGUAUGCACAUAUUUAGCUGUUGCCCUUGCCAGAACUGGCUGCAGGGUGCUGUGAAAUCUUGAAGACAUUCUAGGCCCUGGCUGCUUGUAGCUAGUGCUAAGGCAUGGGACUUCAUUUCACAGAGAAUUAUAGGAACAGUUUUUGCUGGAAUAACAAAACUACAGAAGAAACCUAUUAGUGAUUUAGGUUUUGCUACUGGAGCAUUCCUCAUUACCACAGGACUCGCAGAACUGGCAGUUGAGCAAGCAUGGCAGUUUUGUUAGAAGGAAAGCAAGUGAUCAUAGUGAAAAGAGGAUAUGAGAAGGGCAAGGCCCGGAAAGCUGUAACUGUGUGUAUGCUUGCACAAUGCUGAGGAUUUUUAAGUAAGGGGAGGUCUGAAGCAGCACUGGUUAGAAGUGCUGAUACCUUCACUCACAAGCUGUCAGCACUGCUGCUGCUUGUUGACAUAGAUUACAUAAAACCUUGCUGUAAGCACUUGUACUGUGACAAAUUUCAUUUCACUUUUUCAUUUCCCUCCUUAUUCCGGGCCCAAUACCCUUCCUCUUUGUUAUUCUCAGUUUUGCAGGCUUACGAUAAGCAUCUCUUGCCAGUCUUGCUAUUGCUUUUGACAUCCCUUUCAUCCCCACUGAGUCUUCAUUCAGAGGCCAGGGUUGUCCUCUGUCUUUUCUUUGCCUUUGCAACCUCUUGAGGAAUGGAAUGGCUGCUUGAGGCAGUGGUUCUCAACAGUGUCAGUGUUUAUGCUGUUUUUAAAUGUCAGGACACUUUAAUGCACUAAUGUAUGUCUCAGUCUUUUCUACUAGCAUCCCCUUGACUGAUGCACUGAAAUUGAAUCCAGCAACUGGAGUGCCCAAGAUAAGAGAAAGAACUCCGUGGUCUAGCGAGCGACUGCUUCCAACACCCUUUUCUAAGCCUCAUAAGUGUUUGCCCUUAAGCAUACCCUAGCACUGUACAUCUAGUAGAUCCUUGUAAUAGGAGACUUGGUGCAUUGUAACCAUGUCAUCCAUCACUCCAACAGGCCAUGCUGUGGAAGCUGGGACUCUUGCCAGAUAGAGAGAUGAUGGACUUGCAGAUAAGUUUGGUACCUCGUAGCACCUAUGCGUUGGUCUCCUGUUUCUAAUCAAUUUAAGCUAGCCAUACAGAGUUAUAUAUGUCAAAAUUCAACAGGGGUUUUUGUGUUUAUUUAUUUAUUUAUUUAUUUUCUGAAAGAAUAAGCACAUUUGUCACAAUGGUGAGGACUUUUAGGUGCUGUUGCACCUGGAACUGCUAUGGUAGGAAAUUUUUAUGUUGGCUUUCAUCUAGGUAGAACCUGAAGUUUCUUAGUGAAGCUGAUAAGCUGUUAUGAGCAUGCAUGUACCUGCCUUGCUGUUAACUAUACCCGUGGGGAACUGGUUUUGUUCCAGUACUACUUAAGGUGUCCUUCUGCCAUGACAUUUUCUUAGUCUGUUGAUGGUGAAGGUUUUCCAUUUUUCUUAUUAGAAGAGAUCAGUGAAAAAUACUGUUUUCUUUGAUACUAUAAGUGUUUUACUUCAUCCAGCUCUGCCUUCACUGUUCUGUAUUUUCUGCUCUUUCUCCAUUAUUCCCCUGGUGCUUGGCCUCAUCUCCCAGCAGCAGUCAGGUUCUGUGCUGACACAGACCUAAUCAAAUGGGAGUCAGGCUUAUUUGAGACCUUCUGUUCUUUCCAUAUUUUUCUUGUUCUUAUCUUUUUUGCUGUAUUUUUGUAUUCCUUUCCAUGUCUUCUUUCUAAUUGGAUCUGAAAGAGUAAAUGAACUAUUUCUAUUUAUUUUGUACUCUUGACAGUACCUUAGUUCAUUAUUAUGGGUUCCUGGAUAUUUGCCUUAUUUGUCACAAACUAAAAAGAAAGAACAUGGUCCUAGAACAACCAAAGGAAGCAGGAGAUGUUGUGUAGGGGCAGUGUAGGAAAGGGUUAAUGUUUCUAUUGCCUGUGCUUUUAAGAUAGCUUUACUUCUUUAAAAGCUUGCAAAAGCUUUAGUGUGAAUGAUGUUUUCAGCAUUGUUUGGUCCUCAUGAUAGUGUUCAUUUAUGAAACGUGUUUUCUUAAACAAAGAGACAUGCCAGCGUGGCUUCUAGGAAGCCCAGUGACUCAGAAAUCAGCCACUUCAUCUGGUAGGUCAUGUGGAUGGUGCAAUAAAAGCCUAGUUUGUCUGGGGAGCUGCAAUCACUCACUCAUGUGGCUUUGCAGCACAGAAGACGGAGUGCCUGUUUCCUUGAAGUUAACCCCAAGCUGACUCCUCACUGCAGACAGAUAGUUUGACAAAGAUGAUGCUGGGCAGAGCAGCUUCUUGCUGUCUCAGCUAUGGAAGGCCACCUUUGUGCUAACUCAAAGACUUCUGUGGAAAAACCUCUGGCAGCAAGUCGUCCGUCCUGCAUUGCUUUGCUGAAGGUCUACCGAGAGCUUCUGGUCAGUAAAAUCCGACACACGCAGUGUUUGAUUGACAACUUGACUAACAAUGAGUACUUCUCCACUGAAGAUGCAGAGAUUGUUGUCCAGUUUCCAACUCAAGCAGAUAAGGUUCGCAAACUUCUAGACUUGGUUCAAAGCAAGGGAGAGGAAGUUUCAGAAUAUUUCAUCCAUGUCCUGCAGAAAGUCACUGAUGCUUACUAUGAACUUCAGCCUUGGCUGGAUGAAAUAGGUUACCAGCCUUCAGAGAAUAUUUGUAGUAAACCUGUCAUAAAUACAGAUCCAGUUAGCAGGUAUUGCCAAAAACUCAGAUAUGAACUGGGACGGGACUCCAAAUUCGUUAUGUCAUAUGCGCAGAGGGAAGAGAUGCUGCUUGAAGAAAUCUACUCUAACAGUAUUAUGGAGAUGGUCAAUUUUACCAAUGAGAGCCUGGGUGAAGUGUGUCAAUUACAAGCCCUUUUUGAUGAUGCAGUUGGAGUAAUAAAUGAAGAUGGAGAGACUAUUUAUGUUUUUGGCGAUGCAGGAAUUGGAAAAUCUAUCUUGCUGCAAAAGAUACAAAGUCUUUGGGCCAAAAAACAGUUGGAUAUAGGGGCCAAGUUUUUCUUCCACUUCCGAUGUAGAAUGUUUAGUUGCUUUAAGGAAGAUGAAACCGUGUGUUUGAAAGACUUACUCUUCAGAUAUAAUUGCUACCCGGACCAGGACCCCACAGAGGUGUUCCAUCACAUCUUGCAGUUCCCUCAUACGGUUCUUUUCACGUUUGACGGCUUUGAUGAGAUCUAUUCCAACUUUGAUCUCAGUAGUGUUCCUGAGAUGUGUUCACCCAAUGAACCCAUCCACCCUCUGGUGCUGCUGGUAAGCCUUCUCAGAGGAAAGCUUCUUAAGGGAUCCAAGAAAAUUCUUACAUCACGGACAGGAACUGAGAUCCAAAGAAAUAUCAUUAGAAAGAAAGUGUUGCUUCGUGGUUUCUCCAGCAAUAACCUGAAGGAAUACACCGCCAUGUUUUUUAAAGAUGUGGGGCAGCGAACGCUGGUACUGAACCAGCUGGAAGCUAACCCCAACCUCCGUAGUUUGUGUUCAGUGCCUUUAUUUUGUUGGAUUAUUUUUAAAUGUUAUGAACAUUUCCAUUCCAUGUUUGACAGCCAUGAGCUUCCAGACUGUUCUGUUACAUUGACAGAUGUAUUUUUGCUCAUGAUUGAAGUCCAUCUAAACCGGUCUCUGAAAACAAAUUUGCUGAGGAACAAUGCGAGGAGCCAAGCAGAGGUGUUCAGAUCAAGAAAGGAAACUCUUCUAGCUUUGGGUAAAAUGGCGUACAGAGGGAUGGGGAACUCUAUCUUUAUCUUUGAGCAAGAGGAGGUCUCAUCAGUGAACAUCUCUGAAGAAGAUUUGCAGUUGGGUUUUCUCAGGACAGUUAAAGGUUAUAGUGGCUGUGAUGACCAGUCCACUUACGAGUUCCUGCACUUAACCCUUCAGUCUUUUUUCACUGCUUUGUUCCUAGUUAUUGAAGAGAGAGUGGAGAAUAAGGAGUUACUUCAGUUUUUCAAUGAAUGCUCUUCUGCUGAUGCUGCCCAACGUACUUGCUUUCAUGUUCCUUGGUUGAAGAAACCACUCACAGGGGAGGAUCCUUUCCGAAACAAUGAACACUUCCAUUUUACCAACCUUUUUCUCUGUGGCCUGCUUUCCAGAUCCAAAGAGAAGCUCUUCAAACAUUUAGUUUUGCCUGCAGUUGUUAGAAAGAAGAGAAAGACGCUCAUCACAUACCUUGGGGAGAGCAUGAAAUCCCACCUGAAGGGUGUCACUCGGUCCAGGCUUCCAAAGUACAACCAGGUGCAGGUUCAGCCAAACUUUGUUUGGAUGCUGAGGUGUCUUUAUGAGACUCAAAGUGAGAAAGUGGGAAAACUGGCUGCAAAACGCAUGCAUGCCAAUUACCUCAAGCUUACAUACUGCAAUGCCUACUCUGCUGACUGCAGUGCUAUUUCCUUUGUCAUGCAUCACUUUCAGAAGCGCUUGGCUCUGGAUUUGGACAACAACAACAUCAAUGACUACGGAGUGAAACAGCUGCUACCAUGUUUCAGCAAGCUUGCAGUGCUCAGGCUCAGUGUAAAUCAGAUCACAGAUCAUGGAGCAAGGAUAUUGUAUGAAGAACUCUCCAAGUACCAAAUUGUGUCUUACCUGGGCUUAUACAACAAUCAGAUCACUGACGUUGGAGCCAAAUACGUUGCAAAACUUAUUGAAGAGUGUUCAAGCCUUGAAUAUGUUAAGAUAGGAGCAAACAAAAUAACUAGUGAAGGAGGGAAGUGCCUUGCCCAGGCCAUCCAGAAGAGCACAACCAUGUUUGAAAUCGGGAUGUGGGGCAAUCAGGUUGGAGAUGAAGGUGCAAAGGCAUUUGCAGAGGCCCUGAGGAACCACCCCAGUCUGACAAACGUGAGUCUCGCAUUCAAUGGCAUCACAACAGAGGGGGGCAAAAGCAUUGCUGAAGCUUUGCAGCACAACAACUCCGUGAAAAUAUUCUGGCUGACAAAAAAUGAGCUGGAUGAUGAGGCAGCAAUGAGUUUUGCAGAGAUGCUGAAGAUCAACAAGAAAUUGGUGCAUUUAUGGCUUAUCCAGAAUCAAAUUACAGCCAAAGGAGUGAAGUACCUCAGUGAAGCUCUCAAGGAGAACACAGCCAUUAAAGAAGUCUGUUUGAAUGGGAACCUGAUAAGUCAAGAAGAAGCCAAAGCUUUUGAAAAUGAAGAACGGAUCAUUUGCUUCUGAGUGAGGACUUCCCCGUUUGGACAAGCUUUGUAUGAUAGAAACUGUCACACUUGGACCACAGCAUUACAGUGGCAUACAGAGGCAGUGCUCAUGGCACCGCCUGCUGUCCCUAAUCCUUUUGGUGAGUGGGAAAUUGCCUUGGUAAAUAAUUAAUGUCUGUACAGUGCUUUGAAAAUGCAACACUAAGUGUUAACAGAACGAUUCCAGGGGCAGGUGCGUGCAUUUUGAUAACUGAGCUCAGAUUUAUUCUAUAUACUGCUGUAAAUAAUCUCUAACUUAUUUAUAUACAUGAAUCUAUACACACAUAUAUGCACAAGGAGGUGUGAGAUGCACAGGCUCCACGAGCAUACAGUAUUACCUGUCUCAUAACUGAAAAUGAUAGUCUGAAUGGAAACAGACUGUCUCGAAAGGCUGCAUGGCACCAAUGCUUUCAGCAUGAAUCCUCUCCUGCCUAGAAAUUAGACCCUCAUUUUCCCACUGACUUACAGCAGUUGUAGGCACUGCAUUUUUUUGGAGAAACGGAUACAUGAGGCUCCGAUUACUUUCCAUAAUCUUUUUUCCAUCUCGAAGCCAACACAUUUGCUUUUCUACAAGCAGAAAACCUCGCUGCCAUUGCUGUAAAAUCAUAAUACAGGCAGUAAAACACUCCUGCCUAACAUUUCCUGAGGGCUGUGCAGAAACCGCCACCCCCUGUUCUCACAGUGUUUGUUCUGGGGAGAGGGUCCGGGGAUGCAUGUGACAAAUUAACGAGCGGGCUGCGCGCUGCCUUGGCUCAGGGCCCAGAUGUGCUGGUGGCAGUACGUCAAUGUUAAGUUGCCUGGCUUCAUAGGGAGAAAGGACAACUGAAAACCAGUGGUGUCAGGUGGAAAUCGCUUCUCCCAGCAACACGUGUACACACAGAUCUGCUUGGAAACCUUUUGUCUGACCCUUGAACUAUUGGGAAGCACAAGGCAAGGGACAUAUAGCAGUAAUUAGACCAGCAUGAAAACAUUAUCCCCCCUCCAAAAUAAUUAGUGCUUAGGGAGUGUAACUUUAUAGGAACCUCAAAAGAAAGCAGUUUAAAGAGAAGCAGCCUCUUUGGUUUUUCAGGUGUUUUUUUUUCCUGAUUCCCUUCAUAAAGGGAAUCUCAGAUUCAACCCCUGAUGGUGCAUGAAGAACCAAAAAAUGGAGAAGCACUGUUUAUCCUCUGUCCUUCUCCCAUGUUGUCACCCCCGAGAACUUUACAGAACGAUACUCCUGCUGCUGAUGCCCCCAUAGAGGGUUGGUGGCCCAGAAGAACCUCCCAUCAAAGUGCCAAACCCCCUUUCCCAAAUCUGCUGCACAGACAAACACAAAAGGCUUUCUGGUAGGUGAGAGUUUCUCCUUUUCCUGCCUGGCAGCAGACCUUUACCAGCCAGCAGUUCUGCCUACACUCUCAUAUAUAUUUAUAUGAAAACCAAUGUAGCAGUCAUUACUUGUCAGUAGCUUUUCCUCCCUGCCUGUGCUGCCAGCACUGUCUGCUCAGAGGCAGACAGCAAGGUGAGGCUCUCAGGCUGUGCCAGCUAACAGGAGUGGUUUCUGCACCUGAGCCAUUUGUUUACUGAGAACAUGAGAGUCUCUUGGGCUGCAGCAGGUUGAGGCAGCCUCAGAGCUGGCAGAUAGAGCAAGCAAGCCCAGCACUGAUGAUGGUGCCAGGGAGCGUGCCAGAUGCAUCCAUUCAUCUCAGAGCACAUUUCAGGUUGUGAGAGCUUGCUUGGGCCAGCCCCAAGGCCAGGGUGCUGCUCAGGCUGCUUUGGCAGGAGCAGCUCAUGGCAGGGGACAGCCAGCUUCAUGCAUCAACUCACGGCCAGAGCUAGAGAAACCAGCAGCUGCUGCAAGCCUGAGCAUCCUUGUGAGUUAGUGUGGCGUGUGGGGCUGCGUUCCUUUCCUUGCAGUUUUACCAGGCUACUUGUAGAGAGCUUCUGAUCUUGGGCUCGCAGCAGUGCACCACUCCUCACUGACAGCCAACAAGCUGUGAAGUAACUGACCCUGGGGGAUAUGGCAAAACUUGAGCGUUUUGAAGAAAAUAGCAACUGCACUUUUGGGAAUGGCUGUGUGUGGAGACAGGCCUGCUGCAGUGGAACCACAGAGCCCAGGAGAACCGUGACAGCAGCAACCAAGGCCAAUCCCAGCACCUCUGGGAACAGAGCAGCAUGUCAGGGCAGCACAGCAGAGGUCCCCCCUACCCACACUGUGUCCCUGCACACAGCUCUGCCUGCUUGCAUCAGUGCAGAGUGGCCAGAAUCCAACCAGUCUUGGGUAGAGCCCAUCUUACCCAUUGGGCUGCACUCAAGGGAAGAGCCCCCAGGCUCGAGUGAGCCCAUGUCAAACAACUGAACUGCUGCCUACCAAGUGGCUGCUGUGGUUCGGCCUGUGCAGGAGGCAGUAGCUUAAUUCAGAUGCAAUACCUUCACCAGCCAGGAGGCCUCAGGCUGGAGAAAUAAAGCCUGCAGACAUUCGUGCUCCUGCUACCUGCCAGGAUCUUUAAUCCCGACUCUGGCAGAUGUUAAUCCUGGCACGGGUGGCUCCUAAAGAGCUUUCCUCUGAACUGGUCACUGGGUGCCCCGGGGAGGGAGCAGGGUGAGGAGGCCCCACCGCAUGGCCCACAGUGGGACUUCCAAAUGGUGCCAAAGCCCACAGGCUGUGGGUUUUCCUUCUAAUGCUUGGAGCCUGCUUACAGAACCAGCCAGAAGGGGAGGGGAGAAGCACCUCAGUUAAAAUUUAAACACUUGUUCAAACAAAGACAUUGGUAACCAGGGCGAGAAGGAAAAGCAGGGCAGGAGCCUGACGCAAAGCAUGGCUCUGAGCACAAGGGGCCGAGGCCAGAGGGCAGUGAGCACCUGCAGCCCCUGCCGAACUCGGCCGAGAGCCCGUCCCCACGCUUUUAAUAUCUGUCUCUAUUCUGCUGCCUUUAUGAGGAGUGAGUCAUCGUGCGUCAGCCGACGAUGGGCUUUACACAAUUAUUUAUUUAUGUUGAACCCUCCUCCCCACCCCCGCGCAUCCCUGAUCUCAUCCCCCUCAGAAAACAGGCGCUUUAUGAAACGAGGGUGGAAAGCUGCAUCCCAUAGGCAGCCUGUCGUCACUGCACACAGUCACAGCUGCCCAACAGGAGAGGGCCAGGCACCUGCACCUGCCAGGGGCACCCACUGCUCCUCCUUCCUCUGCAGCACAGGCGUUUGGCAGGACUUUGCAACAAAAGUCACCUGGAAGUGCAGGGAGAGCUGUGCUUCAAAAGAUUUAUUACAUGUAUUUGUACAUAUCUUACAUGAAUGGAAUGUUAACGUACAACCUAAAAAUCAAUAAAAAAAUAUGUUCAUUCAUGAUUAUGUACUGGCA